AUGCCCUUCAACCCAUUUACCUCGGUGACCGGUCGCAAUGCCCUCACUCUCUUCGACAUCCGGCUGGAGACCGACUUCCUGGUAUUCCGUGGAAACGAGCACGAGGCCAGCGGCCAGAUGCUAAAGGGCGUCCUGGCCAUCUGCGUCCCGGCACCGAUCAAGAUCGAAGACAUCCACCUACGCCUGACAGGCGUGCAACGUUUGGCAUGGAACGACCCGAGAUCAACGCCUUCAACCGGUCUGUCCUCAUCCAAAAUAGACCGCUCAAACGUCAUCUUGCAGCACCAAUGGGCUCCGUUUUGGGGUACUCCUGGCAAGAGCGCCAUUCUCGAAAAGGGCAACUAUGAGUUUCCUUUUGACCUGUUACUCCCUGGCGACACGUCCGAGAGCGUUGAGGGUCUGCACGAGGCCAGCAUCACGUAUAAGCUUAAGGCCACCAUCGCCCGCGGCAAGCUCGCCUACGACCUCCAUGCGUACAAGCACGUCCGCUUCGUACGCACCAUGGAGUCCUCGGCCCUAGAGUUCCUCCACGCUAUGAGCGUCGAGAACGUCUGGCCCAACAAGAUUGAGUACUCCAUUGUCGUUCCCCGCAAAGCCAUCGUCUUUGGCAGCGCCAUUCCUCUCGAGACCCGCUUCAGCCCUUUGCUCAAGGGCCUCGAACUCGGCGAUAUCACCAUCCGCCUUUUCGAGAUCCACGAGUUCGUGUCCAUGCCCAUGGGCUCUUCCAACAUUGUCAUGACCGGCCUGCGCGAGUACAAGAACGAGCGCGUCGUUGCAUCAUGGGUGCUGAGCGUCAACAACGAGGACCACUGGAACGACAUGAUUGAGGACACCGGCCAGGAAGGCUGGGUGUUGAACACCUCCCUCGACCUCCCGCACAAGCUGGGCCCGUGCAUCCAAGACGUCAACGUGCACGGCAUCAAGGUUCGCCACAAGCUCAAGAUGGUCGUUGCUCUCAAGAAUCCUGACGGGCACGUCUCCGAGCUGCGCGCCACCCUACCCCUGACCUUGUUCAUCUCGCCAAACAUCCCCCUCGACGAACAGGGCAACCUGACAUGCCCGGCCCGAAUCUCGGCGAGUCCGCAGGAAGCCGCCACACAGGCCACGAUUGCACCGCCCGGCUACGGCGAGCACAUCUUGGACCAGCUCUACGACGAGAUGGACGUCCACAACCUGCAGACGCCGGCCCCCAUGUCGGCGAUGCACAGUCCGCUGUACGGGCUUUCGCGUGCCGGAUCUAGCGAAAACUUGGCAUCAAUGGCCGCGGCCGCCAGCAUACCGGUGCCACCCGCAGCUCUCACAUCACGGCUGCAGGAUGUCUCGUUGCGCGAGGCGACGAUCCGGAGAAACCGCAGUUCCACGCAUAUCACUCCUCCCAUCUCCGGUGUCAGCACGCCGUAUUCGCCCGUCCACGGGCACCUCUACUACCAGCACAUGCAGCAAGUGCAGAACCAACAGCUGCAGCAGGCUCUCAAUAGCGCAGACAGCAACAGCGGGACAGACUCGCUGUCAAGACGCAACAGUGGCGAGUCGCACCACACCGAACACAGCGACCCUGAACACGUCGACUUUUCCGACAUGUCAGAGCUCUGCAAGGUCCCAUCCUACGGUACGGCCAUGAAGAACACGCGGGUGGCAGCCAUUGCCAUUGGUGACAGCGCACUGCAGCUUCCCGACUACCGCACGGCAGCUGCCUCGGGUAGCAUGUCGCUGUCGUCCUCCCCCGUCAUGAGGCCCGCCUUGAUGUCGUCUUAUACCGGAACCUCUCUCAUAAACGAGCCGCUUUCCCUGAUCGCCGAGACACCGCAGGAUGCUGCCGACAGUGUGGGCAUGCGUCCGCGGAAUGCCAGCUACCACAGCGAGACCAACCUUGUCGGCAGUCGGCGGCGCCAUCAGUCGGGAAGUACCACGCCAUCGAGCAGUCGGCAGAACACGCAGGGCGGCGACUCGGACGAGCGCAGCUGGCUGCACCUGCGGCAAUCACGCAACCGUGUAGCCACAUGA